GCUUAGCGCACAGCACUCCACCCACCACAAAUCUCGAGAAUGCAGAAAUCUUCACGCUUUGACAUUCUGCUGAUCGCCUAUGGCCUCCUAGUCCUUUUCUGCGCCAUCCACGGAUUAAAUAUUACAGAAUGUAAUGGACGGACUGGAAUUGUUAACAACACCCUGCUCUCCAACUGCAGCUAUUCCUACCUGAACUGCUCCGGAGCGGAUUCAUUGUUCUGCUCCACAGCCACCAAUUGUAGUGCCAAUUUCACUUGCAACGAAACCAUUGUGACGCCUUCGAACCCGGAAACUCCAACCCUAGCAACGGACCCACCUUCACCCACCCAGUCACCGUCCGAUGUGCGACGUCAGUGCCGGCAGGGUGUAACGAAGAGGUUCAGUUACCCACAGAAUUGCAACUACUUCUAUUACUGCGUGGAUGGAUUUCUGCUGGUGGAGCAGUGUCCCAUAGGAUAUGCCUUCAAUGGCGAUACCGGAGCAUGUGGGGGACGCCUUCAAAAUUUCGUUGACUGUACGCUAAAGUGAAAACAAUAUAUAUUAACUGAAAUCACUUUUAAUUAAGCCUCUAUUGUCAUGUCAAAUUAAUUUCAUUAAAGCUAGAAAAUAAACUGAA